AUGUCUCAGCGCAGGUCCCUGGCCCUGGGCGCCCUUGCCGGCCUUGGUGCCUUUGGUGCCACCAGCUUCGUCCAGUCAGCCGUCCCAGAGGUGCCCCGCCUGCCGCGCGCAGCUGGCGCCACCGGCCCCAGCUCCAGCAGCUUCGGUGCUGCCCUGGGCGCGUUGGGUUUGGCCUCGGCAGUGGCGCUCCCCGCGCGUCCGCGCCGCCUGGUUUACCGGGCAGCGGAGCCCAGCCAACCGGCACCAGGGCGGGAGCCGGAGAUUGAUCCCAGGCGGUCGGAUCCACCAGGGACUGUGCCACCGGUGCGAAUGCCCAUGGUGGACACUGGCAGUGGGGAGAAGAUUGAUGUCAUGUCCAAGCUGCUGCAGGAUCGAAUCAUCAUCUUGGGCGGUGAGGUGAAAGAUGAGAUGGCGCAGGUGUUGGUCGCACAGAUGUUGUACUUGGCCAACACGGACCCCAACCAGGACAUUACCAUGUACAUCAACUCGCCUGGUGGAUCUGUUUCUGCCGGUAUGGCCAUCUACGACACCAUGCAGUUCAUCCCUUGCGACGUGAGCACCGUGUGCUUCGGCAUGGCCGCCUCAAUGGGAUCUUUCCUCCUAGCGGCGGGCACCAAGGGCAAGCGCAAGAGUUUGCCAAACUCCAGGAUCAUGAUCCAUCAGCCUUUGGGAGGAGCACAAGGACAGGCAUUGGACGUGAGGAUCCAGGCAAGAGAGAUCCUUCACAUGCGUGAGAUCCUCAACAUGCACCUGGCAGAUGCCACCGGGCAGCCGAUCGAGCAGAUUGCCAAGGACUGUGACCGUGACAACUUCAUGACCCCGGAAGAAGCCAAGGCGUACGGCCUCAUUGAUGAUAUCACACCAACCAAGGCCUGGCCGCGGAUUCAGAAGCCCAAGCGUCCUGAGCUGUGA